AUGGAAUGUCCUCGAGGCCCUGUGGAGGAAGCGAAGGAUCCUGAGGGAUGGUUUCCCGAGCAGACUGUCAAAGGAAGGUCCGGUGCCAGUAGUCCUGGUGGAACCCAAGAGCUCUGGAUAACUGCCUGGUAUUAUAACCAUAAUGCUACCACUAACAGCACUGGAGAGGCACGGCCAGUGGUUAAAAAGUUAGAAAUCCGAAACAGGAAGCCAACCCACCUUGAACCCAGUGUUGCUGCAGGUGGAACUAGGAGCAAGGUGAAGAUUCUACUUGUCAGGGAAACCCAGCAGAUCAAUUCUCAUGAGAAUCAUUCAGGAGGAAGAUUGGAAUUGUUGGAAUUACGAGACAAGGCAGCCGGUCCGACAUUUGCUGAUAAUUUGGCUACUCCGCAGAGAGUAAAUCCUUUGAGGCUGUUUGUGAAGGAGAUUCCAAAGCCAAAACUGGACAUCACUCAUAUCCCGCGGAUAAAAAUUUCUGAUGACUUAUGGACAUGGUUAAACAACCUUACAGAUACUCGGGAAUCUCAUUCACGGACCAAACGCAGACCCAUUGUUAAAACAGGAAAGUUCAAGAAAAUGUUCGGGUGGGGUGACUUCCAUUCUAACAUCAAAACUGUUAAGUUGAAUCUUCUCAUUACUGGGAAGAUAGUUGACCAUGGGAAUGGGACUUUUAGUGUGUACUUUAGACACAACUCAACUGGUCUUGGCAAUGUAUCCGUAAGCCUGGUUCCACCAUCCAAGGCUGUGGAAUUUGACUUCUCUCAGCAGUCAACGCUGGAGACCAAGGAGUCCAAGACAUUCAACUGUCGAAUUGAGUAUGAGAAAACAGACAGAGCAAAGAAGACUGCGCUAUGUAAUUAUGAUCCUUCAAAGAUAUGUUAUCAGGAGCAGACCCAAAGUCAUGUUUCUUGGUUAUGUUCCAAACCAUUCAAGGUUAUAUGCAUAUAUAUAGCUUUCUACAGUGUAGAUUAUAAACUUGUGCAAAAAGUUUGUCCUGAUUACAAUUAUCACAGUGAAACUCCUUAUUAUUCAUCUGGUUAA